GACUAUAAAAAUCCAACAAAGCCAAAGAGUUUACUUCACUUCACUCUACUCUAUUCUCAUAUUCAAAUGUCUUUCAAAAUGUGUGGGUUUGUGUGUCUGAUGUUGGUGUAUUGUGUGUCAAUGUCCAGCUCUUCAAAGUUUGAUGAACUGUUCCAACCAAGUUGGGCUUUUGACCAUUUUGUUCAUGAAGGAGAUCUCCUUAAACUCAAACUUGACAACUCUUCCGGUGCUGGUUUUGGAUCCAAAAACAAGUACAUGUUUGGGAAAGUAUCUAUCCAACUCAAGCUUGUUGAAGGUGAUUCUGCUGGGACUGUUACUGCUUUCUAUAUGUCAUCGGAGGGUACAAAGCACAACGAGUUUGAUUUUGAGUUUUUAGGAAACAGCACAGGUGAACCUUAUUCUGUUCAAACAAAUGUCUAUGUUAAUGGAGUUGGUAACCGUGAACAAAGACUUAACCUUUGGUUUGAUCCUACUAUGGAUUUUCACUCUUACUCUAUUUUCUGGAAUCAACGCCAAGUUGUGUUUUUGGUGGAUGAAACUCCAAUAAGAGUCCACACAAACAUGGAGCAUAGGGGAAUUCCAUAUCCAAAAGACCAGGCAAUGGGUGUAUACAGUUCAAUAUGGAAUGCAGAUGAUUGGGCAACACAAGGAGGAAGAAUGAAAACAGAUUGGACUCAUGCACCUUUCAUUGCAACCUAUAAAGCCUUUGAAAUCAAUGCAUGUGAGUGUCCAAUUUCAGUGGCUGGAAUGGUUAAUAGAAAGAGAUGUAGCAGUAGUGAAGAUAAGAAGUAUUGGUGGGAUGAACCAAAUUUGUCAGUGCUUAAUUUGCAUCAGAGCCAUCAACUGAAGUGGGUUAGGGCUAAACAUAUGGUUUAUGAUUAUUGUAAUGAUGCUUCCAGGUUUCCUGUUACUCCUCUUGAAUGUGUCCAUCAUCGUCAUAGUUAAGGGAUAAGUAAGUGUUAAAUAAGGUGAUGUGAAAGUUUGUAUUAUUAUGGGUGGAAAUGGUGAAUGUUGGUGUAAAAAAGUUGUGGAAUAUGUUCCACGUUUUUCAUAUUAUUGUAAGAAAUUAUUGACAAACUAUAUAUAAUGUGAAUUACUUGGUAUUGUUCUUCUUGUGGAAUGGAAUUUAUC